AUGUCGACCAAAGUGAUCUGUGAAACCAAAGUCCUCUUGACUCCUAACAACUACGCCCUCUGGCUAUUACCGAUGGAAGCAAGACUUUUCAGAUUGAAACUCCUCAACAUCGUCGAUAGCGAAGUCGAACCUGACGAAAAAGAAAAAGAAACAUGGAUGAAGCUCAACAACGACGCGUAUGCAGAAAUCAUUGGGUACAUCGGACAGGAAGUACUUGGUUUUCUUAGCUCUGCCCUGCCUGUAACUCCUCACUUCAACGGUCAAGGUAUCUGGAAACUCCUGAAAUCGCAAUAUGCCGGCAAUGAUCUAACCUCUCAAACAACCCAUCUCGAUCAAUUUCUACAUCUCAGCUUUUCCUCUUUCACUACCUUCAUCCCCGCCGUUCAAUCGGCAAAUAAAAAGAUAUCGAUGUCGGGCCUUAUCUUGGACAAUCGCGUUCGAACCAUCCUGAUGCUUAAGAAACUUCCGUCUGACUAUCGCUCUUUUUGCGAUAUUGUUUCGAUGAACUAUGGUUCCGAGUCGUUUGAAUCGGUCAUUAAAAAGCUUGAAAGCUACAUCGCUCAAAACGACCUCGACAAGAAACCAUCAUCUACCCAACGGUGGGCCGCUACACUAACCGUAGCGGUUAGUGUAGCGUAA